AUGUCUGCAGAAAAUCAAUUGCCGCUUCUAAAUCACUCAGAAACCGAAAGUUCUCCGGCCGUACUAGAGCCGCUCAACAAUAAUCUGUCGGAAGAAGAUCGGCAAGUUAGGCAAAGAGAAGCGGCGGCGCCAGACACUUCUGAAGAAAGUGAAUUCCCUUUUUUGGUCGUUUAGAAAAUUCCUGUUUUGCAGGCAAUUCUGACGAAUUAAACUUCGUGUACUUGCUCACCGACGAUGAUUUCAGCGAAACAGCUUUCCGCGACAUUUUCGUGAAUAAUGUAAGAAACGGUCUCCAUUGUAGUCUAAAAUUCUUCGUUGACAGGCUGAAAUCAAGAAAUUGCGAGCGACCAGAAUGUCUCACAACAUUAGAAAGCGUCUGCGGUCAUUUGGGGAUUCUGCGUUUGCCAAAGAAGUUUCGUCAGAUUUAUCAUUAGGCGGAAUUUGUGAUUGUUUUCCAGAUCAUCACGCUCGCCAACAAAGUGUGCAAAGAGAACCCGUGCACUCAAAUGCUCCCUCUUCCACCGCUAGUUCAGUGUUUUCCGAGCACUUCCAGACUCGGUUUGUACUCCCUUUCCGGCCUACUCAUGCUCUUCGCACUUUGCAGGUCUCUUCGCUACUCGUCGGAUCCGCCGAGGCGAGUUCGUUAUCGCUCCGUGUCCAGUUCUGCUAACUACUUUCGAGGAGUGCAGACGAACUGAGCUGGGCCUGCUGCUCCCGAAUAUCAUAGUUUACAACGGCCUUCACAGGGAUUUCGGGUACUAUGAAGUUGUCGGUAUCGUUCGAUUAUGAUAAUGUUAAUCUCGUCUCGUCACUCAUUUCAGCGCCGCCGCCGUCCCUUCGCAAACCUAGAAAUUCUAAAUCAUUCCUUCAGCGGAGAAAGCAACGUCGCGUGAAAUUGGUGACAAAACCUGCCGACAAGUGAGUUGAACUCAAUGUUAAAAUAAUUGGUACUGAUUAUAGGCCGUCAACAAAGUACUACUCCGAUGACGAGGAUUCGAGUCCGCGCGUUUUCUACGAUAAAUAUGAUAUGUGCAUUGACGUGAGCAUCUCGACGAAUGAGAUUAGAGCGAUUCGCAGAAACUGUCGACCAAAUUGCAUCAUCCGAUACGUCAUGCUCGAUCAACGGAUGGAAGUGUUCAUUACUGCGAAUAAACCCAUUAAAGCUGGAGAAGAGGUAUCUUCCUCCGGAAGCCGCUUUCAAGAAUUUUAUCCGUUCAUUUCAGCUGACACUUCCGCAUGAUUUCGAUUCAAAUUUUUCCACAAAAGUAAUGCAGUGUGCCCAUCCGUACGAGCCUGGCGAUCUGUGUAUGCAUGAGGUAUGA